CAGUAUGCUCUGGUCAGGCGUGUCAGGUGUGUCACUGAGGAUCUGAGAGGUGAGUCACAGCCAUUGUCUGAUGCACCUCAGGGCCUUCCUCAGCAGGAGCGUGGAAAUUCAGGGAGAUGGCAGUAGCUCCCUAAGACCUAAGCCCAGCCGGUUCAAUGGGUCUUUGUAUGGGGUUCUCAGUUCUCUUGGCAGCCAGAGGGGAAUGGAGCCAAAUGUGGUUUGGGGAUGGAGCCAAAGGCACUGGUCACAAGAGAGACAGACAGGGGAAAUGAGCCUGGAGAGGUGUGGCUGGACCAAGACCUCCCCCCGAUGUGAGCAGGUUUCCUCCUCUUCACCACGCUACGGAGCAUCUUCAAGCCCUGGCCUUCAGGGGAGAGGUAACAGGAGCUCAGAGCCGAGACCAUGUGACGGCGCUGGCCCUCGCCACCGCCGUCCCCCCCACCCUGGCCCCAGGCCUGGCACCAUGAUGUUCCGAGACCAGGUGGGCAUCCUUGCUGGCUGGUUCAAGGGCUGGAAUGAGUGUGAGCAGACAGUGGCCCUGCUGUCGCUUCUGAAGCGAGUCACACGCACCCAGGCCCGCUUCCUGCAGCUCUGCCUGGAGCACUCGCUGGCAGACUGCAAUGACAUCCACCUGCUGGAGUCGGAGGCCAACAGUGCUGCCAUCGUCAGCCAGUGGCAGCAGGAGUCCAAAGAGAAGGUGGUGUCCCUGCUGCUGUCCCACCUGCCCCUCCUUCAGCCAGGCAACACAGAGGCCAAGUCGGAGUACAUGAGGCUGCUGCAGAAAGUGCUGGCCUACUCGAUUGAGAGCAACGCCUUCAUCGAGGAGAGCCGCCAGCUGCUCUCCUAUGCCCUCAUCCACCCAGCCACCACACUGGAGGACCGCAACGCACUGGCCCUCUGGCUGAGCCACCUGGAAGAGCGACUGGCUAGUGGCUUCCGCACCCGGCCCGAACCCACCUACCACUCUCGCCAGGGCUCAGAUGAAUGGGGGGGGCCUGCAGAGCUGGGCCCUGGAGAGGCAGGACCAGGCUGGCAGGACAAGCCACCCCGGGAAAAUGGACACGUGCCCUUCCACCCACCCAGCUCGGUGCCGCCAGCCAUCAACAGUAUUGGGAGCAACGCAAAUGCAGGUCUCCCCUGCCAAAUCCACCCCAGCCCGCUGAAGCGCUCCAUGUCGCUUAUCCCCACAAGCCCCCAGGCCCCUGGUGAAUGGCCGAGUCCAGAGGAGCUUGGGGCCAGGGCUGCUUUCACCACGCCCGACCACGCACCCCUCUCGCCCCAGAGUAGCGUGGCCUCCUCUGGCAGUGAGCAGACGGAGGAGCAGGGCUCCAGCCGAAACACUUUCCAAGAGGACGGCAGUGGCAUGAAAGAUGUCCCCACGUGGCUCAAGAGCCUCCGCUUACACAAGUAUGCAGCCCUCUUCUCACAGAUGAGCUAUGAAGAGAUGAUGACACUGACUGAGCAGCACCUGGAGUCUCAGAAUGUCACUAAAGGUGCCCGCCACAAGAUAGCCCUGAGCAUCCAGAAGCUGCGCGAGAGACAGAGCGUCCUGAAGUCCCUGGAGAAGGAUGUGCUGGAAGGCGGGAACCUGCGAAACGCGCUACAGGAGCUGCAGCAGAUCAUCAUCACCCCCAUCAAGGCCUACAGUGUCCUCCAGGCCACAGUGGCUGCCGCCGCCGCUGCCGCCGCCGCCGCCGCCACCUCCGCCUCUACUGCCAAGGAUGGGGGCUGUGGGGACCCAUCGCUGCCAGGUGCUGAACCUCCCCUGGCUCAUCCCAGCACAGAUAAGGGCACUGAGGCCAAGGACCCUCCAGCUGCAGAGAGCUACCCCCCUCCACCAGCUCCGGCUCCCACUGAUGGUAGUGAGCCUGCCCCAGCUCCCGUCGCGGACGGAGACAUCCCCAGCCAGUUUACACGGGUGAUGGGCAAAGUGUGCACCCAGCUGCUGGUGUCCCGACCGGACGAGGAGAACAUCACCAGUUACCUCCAGCUCAUCGAAAAGUGCCUGACUCAUGAGGCUUUCACGGAGACGCAGAAGAAACGGCUGCUGUCCUGGAAACAGCAAGUGCUAAAGCUCCUCCGAACCUUCCCGCGAAAAGCCGCACUAGAGAUGCAGAACUACCGGCAGCAGAAAGGCUGGGCAUUCGGCUCCAACUCCCUCCCCAUAGCUGGCUCUGUGGGGAUGGGGGUGGCCCGGCGGACCCAGCGGCAAUUCCCAAUGCCUCCCCGGGCCCUUCCGCCCAGCAGGAUGGGCCUUCUGAGCCCCUCGGGCAUUGGGGGCAUCUCCCCCCGACAUGCCCUCACCAGCCCCAGCCUUGGGGGCCAGGGCCGACAGAGCCUGUGGUUCGCCAACCCCGGAGGCAGCAACAGCAUGCCCAGCCAGAGCCGCAGCUCUGUCCAGCGCACCCACUCGCUCCCGGUCCACUCAUCACCCCAGGCCAUUCUCAUGUUCCCUCCAGACUGCCCGGUCCCUGGGCCUGACCUGGAGAUCAAUCCCACUCUGGAGUCUCUGUGUCUGAGCAUGACAGAACACGCCUUGGGUGAUGGGACAGACAAAACCUCCACCAUCUGACGGGACCCACAGCCCAGCGCACCCAUAGGCUCCCCCGGGCGGCGGGCGGGAGCCAACCCCCAACGGGCUUCUCCGCGACAGCGAGAGGGUGGGCUGGCUCAGCUAUACAUUCUAAUAUUUUUCUACUCUCUCACCCUUUUAACUUUUGUUUCACAUUGGCACACGCCUUGCUCACUCCCAGGCCCGUCGAGGGAUCUCUGCUGAGGCCCCGGGCAGUAGAGGGCAGUCAGGAUAAACGGGGCAGGGACCGGCCAGCCUGCUGCUCCCUCCUCUCCUCUUCCUCGUCCCCCACCUGACCCCAUCCCGCUCCCGCCGCCUCCAGCCCGCCGGUCACCUGCCCCUCCCAAGGGAGCAGCCUCCCCCAGAGACUCACUGACCCACUAUCUUGCGGGGCCUGCUCAGAACCAUCUGACAUUUGGGGAGAGAAUAAGCGUAGAUAACCUGCUCUCCUGAAUGUUAUUUGAGGCGCCGAGGAGAAAAAGGCAGAUGAGGAGAGGAGGUGCUGUCUCACCCCCCCACGCCCCCCCCCCUUCCCCGUUCCCAUCACUCCCUGAGGACAGGAGCCACCCUCUGGUCACUCACCUCCUUUUGCCCUGGUUAUUGGAGGUUCUCGACAAUUAAUUUCGUAGGCCUAUUUAAGAUACAUAUUUAUAUAGUUCUUAACGGUUUUCUCUGAUCAUUCCCUCUCAUUUUUAGAAUCCCCAGGCCUCUCUCUGAGCCAAGAAAGUGGCUGGGGGAGCCUGAAUUUUACAAGAGGAGAGGGCAGAGCCCCCUCCUCCAGAACCCCCUAGCCCUGCCCAACUUCCCCCCAGCCCUGGCUUCCGGGGUGGAAAGUGGGGAGUCAGGGUAGCCAGUGAGGUCAGGAAGUCUGUUGCCUUAACGUCCCCUUCCCCCACCAACACACACCUUUCUCCACUCCCAGGUCUGGUUGCUGAAAAGACUUGGGGGUAAGGAAUAGGGAAAGGGGAUUGUUUGGUUUUUGGUUUCUUUCCCCACACCCCUUUUCUUUGAACCUUUCCCCCAUUCUGUCAUGACCUCACUUAACAUGGAACAAACACUAUUAUCAUAACCCAGAGAUUUGUCUCAGUGCUAGAGUCAUACACCCUCUGGUCCCUGUUCCUGCUAAGGGGGGUUGUGCUGGGUCAGGUGGAAGGAGGGGAUUUGGGGGCUCGGGUGUAGGGAAGCUGGGACCCUAUUCCAACCCCUCUUCCCCCUCAACCCCCACCCCCGACAUUCUCAAGCUUUUCACACAGAAAGGAAAAAAAUGUUAUUUUUAGAUACAUUUUAUGAAUAACUUUUGUUAUGAAUAUGGCUGGUAACCAUUGUGUAUGUUAUUAAAAAUACAAAUUGUUGGGAAAAAA